CAGUCUCAGCCUCCGAUCCAAAUUCAAAGAGGUCUUAGACAGAACACUUGUGUGGUACCGGUCGGAUCAAUGGGGAAAUCAGUGGGCGCCACCGAAACAAAAACUUGCCAAAACAGAACGCUGCUAUCGGCGAGAGGAUUGAAACUCAUCACCGCAAAACUAGAGAGGCGAUCCCUCGACAAACCGUGGGGCCUUGGUUUUGUUUCCACAAAGGGAACCCAGAAGUUUGGAUUGAGCUCAUCGCCCGAUGUGCGCGUGCUAGUGGUCAAGUCUCCCUCAUCAAACAAACACAAAAACGAGACUUAUGCGAACGUCAAAACAUCCUGGGCUCGGUCGAUUGUUGCCGGAAAACUGUCUUUCCUGCGGAACCAUAGUUCGAAAAUUAACAAGAACGAUUGCGCUAUCGAUCCCAACAAUUAUCUCGCCGAGAUAAUGCGGGCCAUGGCGGAUCCUUCUCUUUCUUCGCUUGAAACGGGGAGUGGGAAGGGGAUAUUUCCAGGGGACAUGAUACUCGCCAUCGACGGGAGGCCUCUAUCGUCCCCCGUGCUAGGUAGCAACGUUCAGAACAAGAAUGCAUUUAAUGGCCCAAAUAUCACCUCUGAAAUUGCCUCAUAUUUAAGACAGGUCAGCUUCUGUUCGCUAAUGGUGCUUAGGCACACCGAUGUGGUCUACGCCUCGGCCUGUGUCGAGAAACAAAAAUCACAGCACGAUCCCCUCUGGGUAUCUUCUGUCGCAAAUAUGGCCUGGGACAAGCUACUGUUAUUCCCUGGAUCAACGAUGUUGCGAGGGGCGCCACUUACGAAAAAUACUGUCAAACGGAAACCCUGGAUUGCAAGUGAGGUCGUGCAUCGAAAUCCAUGGUUCCGCGAUGAGAAUAAAACUGGGACUACGACCAGUAAUAUUCCCUACAGCGACAACACGUCGAGUCUCGAUUACUGGCUAUACCUGCAAGAAGACGGGAGCCGAGCGGGUAUGUUUCUGCCUCCCUUGUUUGCGUCUCCUUCUGCCGAUUGCGAACAGCAUUCAGGGAUUCCGGCUACGUUCCACGAUUGGCUUUCACGGCGAAAGUUGUCUUGGAGAAAUCGGUACAAUGUCUACCAGCAUGCUCCUAGCUGCGAAAAGAAAGAGCGAAAGCCACAGCCAGGGAGAAAACAACAUUUAAAGCCACAAGGCACGGAUGACGAGGACCACGCAAGCUCAGCCGACCACCAUGCUUCGGGGGUAGCCGUCGACUUUUGGACCCAGCAGGGGCUUUCCUCGUUUCAGGAAUGGUUGCGGAAAAGGUCAACCCAGUGGCAUCGGUCCUAUAGCUGGAACAGACGCAAGCGACAGAAGAUCGAACAGGAGUGUUUCGAAAAAGUCGUCCACCUGCCCUUCUACCGUCCUCAGUCUACAAACGCUUCUAAUUGCAAGUCUAAGUGUAAUCCGAACUCAGACUGUGGAAGCGAUGUGAAUUCGAACAACAGCACCGCAUCCGGUACCUGUUCAGCCAAAGAGUUCGAAGAAUGGUUGAAGGUCCGUCGGUAUCAGUGGAGAAUGUCGCGACGGAAGCGGAGGCGAGAAAGGAGGUCCCAAAGGGAAGGGCAGCAACACAACGAGACCACAAUAGAUGCCAGUGUAGAGGGACUACGUGCACAGUCGGAAUCGUUUCCAGUUGACAACGCAGGUUCUCCAAAAGCAACCCCAUCGUCCAUCAUCGACGAAGAAACCAGCAACAAGGGUAUUGUCAAGUCAAUACCUGCAAAGCGAAAACUGCAGUUCUUGUCGAAAGAAAACCAAGAAAUCGCCUUCAUUGACGAUAUUUUGGAGGAGAGGGAAAAGGAAAAAGAAGAAAUCAAGCGCCAGCGAGACAAACGCCCCCCGAUUGAUAUUGCACGUUUUUUCGAUGCCUCCCAGGGCAUUCCCGACGAUAUUGUUGUGCACUGCUUGGAAUACCUUGAUUCCAAGGAACAUCGAAAGCUAUUUGCCAUCACCAAGGGGAUCUCGAAAUCGCUCCGCGAUCGGCCGGAGAUUUGGCGGCAGUUGUGCCCAAACCACUGGGUGCUCCCCCGGCGUCCGAGGAAACCUUGGCACGAGCUAUAUUUUACGAGGCUGCGAAAGGAGCGCGAGCAGCACCAAAAACGAUGGGACGAUCUUCUCGUCAAGUGCUCGGCGGCCCUUUUCAAGAGAGACGAUCUCCAAAAGAUCGAGAAAAUUGUCGAAAAGGCGGAAAAGGAUUUCGGCUUUGACCUCAAUUACGCCAGCGGGGUCGUCUGCGAGCGGAAUUCUAUCCUAAACCUCGCAGUAAUUCACGGGAGGCACAAGGUUGUGCGGUGGCUGGUCGAUGUCAAGGGGGCGGACAUCGAGACUUCCGACCGGGGGAAUUUCACGCCCCUCCUGAACGCCGCCUGGUCCGGGGAUCGCUGGCUGGUCCGGUUCCUGCUGCAGAGACAGAGCGACCGGAACGUCCUGGGGACCCAGCACUACACCCAGGGCAUCGCCCCAAUCGGCUUUCGUGGCAGGACCGCGGACGAAUGGGCCGACAAGCGGGGGCAUCCCGAGGUGGCAAAACUAAUCCGGCUGGGGCUGUAACAGCAUGGCACGGCGAGGCAGUUGUUUGGAUCUGCAGGUUGACAAGAGAAGAUGAUUUACUCCUACAUUGCUAAAAUU